CCGCCCCGCCCCUCCCUCCGGCAGGCGCUCUGCUCUAAAACCAGUGGAGCGUGGAGCUGUUCGGGACGAGAUGAGGUGAGAGCGCGCGGUGGAUGGUCUUCACGGAGCUGCACGUCGGAGGGAUUCGAUAAACGAUCUAAAGUUCCUCGGCCUCCACAGCAACAGAAACCCGUCACAGCAGAAGAGGCCACCGAUGAGAAGAUAUCUCCGUCUAUUUGUACCGUGAUCCUUUUUAUCCAGCGGUUGGAUGAUGGACGCUCCUCCAGCUCUCGGGAUUUUUGUGGACCAGGCUGUCAUCCCGGCGGAAGACGAUUUGCCUUCAGAUGACCACCUCCUGGACCUGAAGGCGCUGACGGAGAAACUGAGGCUGGAAACGAGGAGGCCUUCUUACCUGGAGUGGAAAGCCCGGCUCGCCAGGAGCGGAAAAUUCCCGAUGCAAGCGGAGCCUGAGGGGCAAACGGUCAGCGGCACGGAGACUGUGGGGAAGUCUCGCGUGAUCCAGUGCAAGCUGCCAUUGGGCGUCCUGAAGGGAUUCGAGAACAUCGAUGAAGCUCUCAGCUGGCUGAGGAGAGAACUGACUGACAUGCGCCUGCAGGACCAGCAGCUGGCCAGGCAGCUCAUGCGGCUCCGCGGCGACAUCAACCAGCUGAAGAUCGAGCAGACGUGCCACCUGCACCGCCGGAUGCUCAACGACGCCACCGUCGGCCUGGAGGAGCGGGACGAGCUGUCGGACCUGCUGUGCGAGUGUCCGGUCACGCCGGGCCUCGGCCUCUCGGCCCCGCUGAGGCUCAUCGGCGUCACCAAGAUGAACCUCAACUCCAGGCGCUUCUCGCUCUGCUAGCGGCAGCUCAGGGCGGCAGCUCAUGGAGGCCCUUAGUGGAUCCCCUCGACCACGAUGCCGCAAGGCGAACCUCGAUGUAAUGUCUGUUUUCAUGCAGUCGCUAUAAUCAAAGAGGGAUUUAGAUCAUGUGUAUUGUAUAGGAGCGCAGUAGGUACAUGCGGUGUACAGUAUAUUUUUCUUCCAGACUAUACAUGGCUUUGGCAGCUAUAAACUGAAACCGAAAACCACAGCACAUUUUAGGCCGUCGUGACUUGAAACAGAAUACUAGCCGUUUUUAAACUACACGAAACAAUCUUUGAGCUUAUUCCUGUGCACUUUUUUGAACCUUACCACAUACAUGAGCUGAGAUUUAUCAAGCACAUGUUAAAAUAUAUUCUCCGUAGGAUGUUUUUAGUGUGGAAAUAAUAUUUCCUCGUCCUGCACCGUAAUCUAAAUGUUUUGUGCUUGGAAGAGGCCUUUAUAUUGAUACAAAUUGGAUACUAUACAGCAUUCAUAGGAGUUAGUGAGUAGCUUUAGAAAACAUGUUUGUAUGAUGUAAAUGAUUCAUGUGUUGUAACUAUUGUCACGAUGCACUAGUUGGUGAUGCUUUCUUAAAGUCUGUCUGUCUUUUUUUAAAGUAAAAGUAUUUCAUUUUUAGCAUUUCCCUAAUUGUUAAGUGUUUUUUUUUUUUUUUCUUCGUUUCUCUGAAAAUAAACAUUGUUUAGUUUAUGUAUAAACAUCCAA